CUCGUCUCUGUCGUCGCGUCUUCAACCACUGCAUUAACCGGCACAGUUUUCCCUCCUCAUCUUUUCCUAGCUUUUCAAUAGUUUCAUUUAGCUAAUUAUUACGACUAAUCAUCAUCGCCAUGGAGGACCAGUUCGGUGGCCGCACAGACGACGAUCUGUUCUACGACGACUUCGAGCCGGUCGAGUCUGAGGCUGUUUUGAUACAGGAGGAGCAUCAUUAUCAGCCUGAGCCCGAACCCGUACCUCUGCCAGCUUCAAUACCGGCUUCAGUCCCUUCUCCACCUCAAGCAGCUCCAGCUCCUGCUCCUGCUCCAGCUCCUGCUCCUGCGCAACAAGUUGCUCCGCCGCCAGCGUCAGCACCGCGGCAGAACCAAGCUCCCUCAUCUUCAAAGCCCUCACCCGCUCCGGUUGCAGCGAAGAACAAGAAACCGCUUCCAGGCAAAGGCCUCUCAUCCUCCCGUUUUGCCGAUAAGCCUGCUCCAAAGCCAUCGCCAGCACCGGCAAAGUCUCAGGCUCCUACACAGGCCCCGAAACCAGCUCCUGCACCAACCGCCACAGAGGCACCUAUCCAAGCUCCCGAGGAGACGCCCGAGCAGUCUCCCCCUCCUCCCAAUGCAGCCACCGGUUCCAAAGAGAAGCCUCAACGCUCGUCACCCUCGCAAAACACUGCUGUCAGCGCCGAGAUUCGUGCCAAAUCUGGUUCUAACCCCCGCCAGAAGCUCACCGAAGACGAACUCACUGCAAAGAUGGAGAAGAUGAAGCUUCUGUCGGCAGAAAAAGCACGCAAGUUUGAAAUGGCAGAGCAAGACGAGAAGCAGCACGCAGCGGCUUAUGCGCGAGGGAUGGAGGAGGCUCGCAAGAGAAGAGCCGAGGACGCGGAGAGGAGGAAACGUGGCGAGGAGGAGAGGCGCAAGCUGGAGGACGAACGGGCGAAGAACCGAGAGAGGAAACUCAAGGCCAUGAACAUCAAGGAGAAUAGCUGGGACGAAGGCAAGCAGGCUUUGGCUGACGAAGAAGCCAGACAGGGCUUCCGCGGCGCAAACGGUGGCAUCAGAGGAGCCAAGACCCGCGGCCUUGGUGGGAGUCGAUUUGCCAGAGAUGAUGAGGCACCGGAUGUCGAUCGCUUCUUGGAUGACCGCUACCGCGGUGGCGGUGGUCGAGGGCGAGGAGACCGUGGAAGAGGCGCCAACGGCAACGGUAGAGGUCGCGGCCGAGGUCGUGGUUCAUAUGAUGGGCCAGUUGGCGACUCUCGCCCUGCGAAGCAACAACAAGUCCCUGCUGCAGACGACUUUCCUUCACUGCCGUCAGACAACACCAAGGCCAAGGCAGAAUCGGAACAGAACAACAGUGCAGCAUCGAAGCCUACCAUGGCCCAGGCGGCGGCAGCCCCUCCCCCACCUUUGCCUAUCGUCCUGGGCGGCGGCAAGUGGGACGAUGAGAUGGAGGAACUCGACGCUUUGAAUCAAGCUCAGUCAUAGGAUGAACGCAAGAUAUCAAAGAAUUGUGAGAACUUUAUGGGCGGCAAACGGCGGUCGUUUUGAUUUGGGUUGUGUCAACGCUCAUUCAGGAAAAUUGUCAGAAAGCGUUGUAGGGCCUAGUCUUGUGAUAUUGAAAUUGAGUUGGAAAUACGAUGAUAUGACAGGAAAGGAAUUACAGAAAAAAAAGCGUCUGUACCAGGAGAAGGACUACCACGGGGUCCCUUGGAUAUUAUUAUCAGUCACAUUGGUUACUAGUUACUGCUACUCGAAGCGUAAUAUAUUUAAAGAGAAUCAUGUCCA